UAGCCAGGUGGCUCCGAAGCCAUAAGCCAAGCCUCUCUCUCUGAAAACAAAACAUGGCCGCCGUCGGAGAAAGUCUGAUGCUGGAGAGAGACAUCAAGCGGGCCUGCGAGCUUCUCGAGAAACUUCAACGCAGUGGCGAAGUCCCAUCGCAGAAGCUCGCUGCGCUUCAAAAGGUUCUCCAGAGUGAAUUCUGCAACGCUGUACGAGAAGUCUACGAACAUGUCUAUGAAACUGUCGACAUCUCCGGAAGCCCCGACAUUCGGGCAAGCGCUACAGCCAAGGCAACGGUGGCAGCAUUUGCAGCAAGUGAAGGCCAUGCACACCCACGAGUUGUGGAGCUGCCCAAGACUGACGAGGGCCUUGGCUUCAACGUGAUGGGGGGCAAGGAACAGAAUUCGCCGAUCUACAUAUCGCGGAUCAUCCCAGGGGGUGUGGCUGACCGUCAUGGGGCCCUCAAGCGUGGUGACCAGCUGCUGUCUGUCAAUGGCGUGAGUGUAGAAGGCGAGAACCAUGAGAAGGCAGUGGAGCUCCUGAAGGCAGCCCAAGGUACAGUCAAGCUGGUUGUUCGCUACACCCCUAAGGUACUGGAGGAGAUGGAGAUGCGAUUCGACAAGCAACGUGCCACUCGUCGUAGGGUUAACGCCUCUUGAAUGUUCUCGGAGGUGGAAGCAGGACCUGUCUAGACACGACGAUGCAGCAUUUUGACCUACUUGCCUUUUCUUUAUGUAACCUUGUCUUUCGUGCAGGGAGCGGUUUUUAACAUUAUAGGAGUGCAAACAUUGGAAUUUGAGAUUUCUUAGAGAUGUUGGUAGCCGCAGAAUCGAUGUGUAGAAUGUACACAGACAUGCAAGAAUUUUGUUGGUACCUGGCUUUCUUUUUACUCAUUGACCCCAGUUACGACUUUUUGUUCAGCGAGGCACCUAGCAUUGCGUUGCAAGUUCUAAACAACACACGUAACAAUUUAUAUAGCUUUGAUGUCUAUGCCAAUCCUAAAGAAACAGCUGCAUUGCAUUGAGCUUUUCUCGCUGCUCUUUGAGUUGCAGACAUUUUCAUGCCUCAAGCUCAUUAGGUGCUAAUUUUGUCACACCUAAUGUCAUCUCUGCACCCUUUUUAGAUGCAACGUUAGCACGAUUGCAUUGAGUUUGACAGACUAGAAAGCCAACCGAAACCACAUUAGGAAAUCUCUAAUUAUUGUAUCCUGUCAGCAUAAUGGUGCAUAAGCAUUGGGCAUAGUGUCUAUGUUCUAGGGAAUGAAACAUGAAAAUUUCAAUGUCUCCCGUCCGUUAAGGCUGUGCAAUGUUUUACAUUCAUCAUUUUACUGUUGUGCAAGUAUCUUGUGCUCACCAAUAUGUUAUCCAUGCAUGGUAACGCUUCUGUAGUCGAGCUGUUCUUAGAAAAUAAAGCUAACACACACUGCUUGCAGAAUCAUGAACAAGUAGUUGGUUUACAAAUCAUAGUCAGCGCUCUUCCUGGCAGCAGUUCUCUGAAAUGUGACAGUCCUUCAUCUUGAUGUACUUUUAUGGGUGGUUUGCUUAGACUUCCAUUAUUUCUAAGAAAGUAUGUGUGCUCUAUUCUAGAGUGGUGGUCGCUGUCAAAAGCAAAACCUGAUCGGCAUUGAAGCUGGAUAAACCUCUACUUUCCACCUGUUUUCAUGAAUAAGAGCAGCUUAUGUGCUGCCAUUGACAAAAGACUAGGCUGCAGCCUCGUACAUAUCUAUUCGAAUCUGCAAUCAGUGUGAGAACGCUAAUUUGACGUUCUAAGUGUAGUGCACAUCAAGCGAUACUUUAAAUCAGUGGUCCUUACUUCUAGCCUCGGGCCAGUAGAUAAUUGGCCGACACUGUUUCAUACUGUCGUAUGAUCAUACCAACAUGACAAGAUCAAAGCAUCGGUGCACUUGAAAGGCAUCACAUUGCUUCAUAUUUAGGUGUGUUGUUUAUGGCUGGCUUAAUGCACGCAUGGCCCUGCAAGCCAGUACAGACAUUCAGCACCUUGUCCAGAGACCUAAGGAAGUGGCUUCAAAAAUGCUAUUCUCUACAAAAGGCAUAACAUUUCUUAGAUGAAGGAUACUAGAUAAUGUUAAAGUUGCUUUCUUGUAUAGUAUAUUGAUUACGGCCUCAUUUUAGCGUUCACUUUUAGUAGUGGUUGCAUUGCUAAUCAAACCCGAUUAAGCACGUACGUCAGUGAAAAGUGUUAAUAAAAUGUGAUCUUCACUCUUGUGAGUGACCACAAGGCUGUACUAAUGCCAUGUGAGAUUAGUGUCAAGCAAAAACUAGUAUUUUGAAUCAUGGGUUUUGAACCUUGCCCAUAGACGUUAUGUAGCAGUCAUUACCCAUCUUGUAAGAUACUGAUUUGCAUAUUACUGAUCUUGCUCUGUGACCAUGUGUGGGCUUUACAUACGCAUUAUCACUGCCAUGCUCUCUUUCUUUUCGUAUUCAUAAAUUUGCAUAAAUGAUUGGUAUGUACACGUUGUGCCAGUAUGAAAGGGGACACCAGACUUGUGUUGAAAGCUGGUAAUGUUUCUUGUAGCAGCACUGAAAUGAAAGAAAAGCUCCAUGAGAGGGAUUUUUCAAUGCAAGAAGUGGUACCAUAAAGCAUAUAGCAGUCAAUGCAGCUCUGACUUAAGCAUUUGCAGAAUCUAAUGUUUUAACACAGAUGAAUGUGUUUUCUUUCACAUUGGUGCAGAGUGUACAUGUAAGUGAAGUGUUUUUCAGGUUAGCAUUCUGGCCUUUGUUAACAUUUUCCUAACCUGCGUGUUUGCAGUCUAGUUUUGUCACAACUGGCCUUCCUCACCUGUAGAUUUUGUAAACCAUGUAUGUAUAUAUACACUUAACGUUUGCUUCAGUUCUUGUGGCUGGGUUUUCAUGUCAGUUUUUAUUUUUUCAUAAGUAAUGCUCUUUGUAGAGGUAUUUCAGCCUACUCCUCUAAGUUGUAAUAUGGCAUGAGGUGUUAUUGCCUGGAGGGCAAUGAACAGUGGAAUUUCUCUAUAAAUUUGACUAAUGUCACUACUAUGUGUAUUACAUGCAUGUACAGUAAAGACUUUACAAUAUGUUUUUAAUGGGACCACAAGUGCAGAAUGUAGCAGAUGGGAAACAUGUUAGGCAUGCAUGUUGAGCUGGGCUUCAGCAUCAUUAUAACCAUGAAGAUGUAUCAGCAAGGAAUAUAUAAACGGGAUUCUACUAUACUGCUUUUAAGCUAGCCUCAUGGACUUUUACUAAUGAAUAUUAUGGAAUGGACGAAACAUUACAAAGCAGCUGACUUUAACUUGUUUUGUUGCUUGUUAUUGUGUCCAAAAGUAACCACGGUGAUAUGCUGGCCUUGCCUAAUAUGUCCAUGAUCACAGUUCUUGUGGCCUGUAAAUUAUGGCAAAAGUGGCUGUGCUGUUUUUGUAAGAUUGCUGCUCAUUAAAGAUGUACACAUGUUGUGA